AUGGACGGGCGGGCGGUGCUGAUCCACGCGCUGCUGGCGGCAGUGUGCUCGGCGGCAGCAAGCGGUCUGGGCCGGGACGAGCGGCACAACGAGGUGCUGCGAAGGGGCGGUGGGGCGCCGGUCCCAGCCACGGCUCCGCUGCUCGGCCGCAGCCUGGAGAAGGAAGGUGGCGGAGCGGCCUCAGGGGACGAUCUCAGCGGGUUGCCGAGAGUUGCUUUCCUGUCAAAGCCUCAAGGCCUGGUUACUCCCAAGAAAAAAGGGAACGGGAAUAAAAGAAGAAAAGGCAAAGGGCUGGGGAAGAAGAGGGACCCGUGCCUGCGGAAGUACAAAGAUUUCUGUAUUCACGGAGAAUGCAAAUACAUCCGCGAGCUGGGAGCUCCCUCCUGCAUAUGCCAGCCAGGAUAUCAUGGAGAGAGAUGCCAUGGCCUCUUGCUGCCCGUGGAGCACCCCCCCAGCACAUAUGACCACACCACGGCUCUGGCUGUGGUUGCUGUCAUUCUGUCCUCCUUGUGUCUUGUCAUCAUCGCAGCCCUGCUGAUGCUCAAGUGUCACAAGAGGGGUGUCUACGACGUAGAAAACGAAGAGAAAAUCAAGCUGGGCAUCACUGUGAACCACUGAGGAUGCCAGGUGCUGGCAAGGGGCCAGCACUGAUGCA